ACUUGACCAAAAUAUUUUGUUUCAGAUAUUGACAACAACGGAUUUUUAGAUCAAAAUGAUUUUCUCUGUAUGGCAGUUAGAGCCUGUGUUGUGGAAGGAAAAGGAGAUUGCAGUGCUGCUCGUUUGGAUGACUAUAAAAAAUUAAUGAAGAAUUUGUGGGAAGAGAUAUCUGCAAUUGCUGAUGAUGAUAAGGAUGGAAAAAUUUCAAAUCAGGAAUUCAAAGAUGCUGUUAAAAAAACCUGCGUGGGAAAAAAAUAUGAAGAAUUUCCACAGGCUAUGCGAGCAUUCAUUGAAUCCAAUUUCAAAUUGUUGGAUAUUGACAAUGAUGGGAUCGUUGGAAUUAAGGAAUACCGAUACAACUGCAUUACAAGGGUAGCUAUUGAUGAUAUUGCUCCCAUUGAUAAAGCGUUUGAGACUCUAUUAAAUGAUGACGAUAAAAAACGUGGAGGUCUUUCACUGGACCGUUACAAAGAGCUCUAUGGCCAAUUUCUUGGAAAUACAGCUGAUAAUCACUCAGCAGUAAAUCUGUUUGGGCCUUUAUAACUAUAUAAAUUAUUAUUGUCUUCGCUGUUGUUCAACUACUAAUUUUUUUUUAAGAUUAACGUGUAAUUACUAUGACUAUGCUUAGCUAGGUUAAAUGCAUUCAAAUCAUUUGUGUAGAAUCGUCAGAUGAACAGUUCGUUAUCUCUAAAGGUUUUUAUAGUUAGAAUAGAUAUUUGCUCUCCGAAGUUAACUCAGCAUAACUUUUAAUUUUCUCUCAGAUGAAAGCUACU